GCCUUUCCUCAGCCCAAGAGUAGCAAAGAGAGAGCGGCGGAGAAAGGGACGCGCGCACGGAGGAGCUUCCCCGUCUGUUCUCGACUGGCUCUGAUGAAGUAGAGUGAAGCAAGCGGGCAACUUCCAGUCAAUAUGAAGCAAAACCUAUGAUGACUUGCCAAGGGAGAAUCUGGAGUGAUCAUGUGCUUGUGGCUAUCUAGGAGGAAUAAGUGGUGAAUUGUAUAGCCUUUCAAAAGACUUCAAAUAAAUCCUGGCUCGCGUAGAUCGCGCAUUGGAACAGAUGGAUAAUGGAGACUGGGGAUAUAUAAUGACCGAACCAGUCACUCUAAAUGUGGGUGGACACUUGUAUACAACCUCGCUCACCACCCUAACACGGUACCCUGAUUCAAUGCUGGGGGCCAUGUUCAGGGGGGACUUCCCUACUGCCAGGGAUUCUCAGGGCAAUUACUUCAUUGACCGAGAUGGACCACUUUUCCGGUACAUUCUCAAUUUUUUACGGACAUCAGAGCUGACUCUGCCUCUGGACUUCAAGGAAUUUGAUCUGCUUCGAAAAGAAGCAGACUUUUAUCAGAUCGAACCUUUAAUACAAUGUCUUAAUGACCCCAAACCUUUGUAUCCUAUGGAUACCUUUGAGGAGGUGGUGGAGCUUUCCAGUACACGCAAGCUGUCAAAAUACUCCAAUCCAGUGGCAGUGAUCAUAACACAGCUAACCAUCACAACCAAGGUCCAUUCAUUGCUGGAAGGCAUUUCCAAUUACUUUACUAAAUGGAAUAAGCAUAUGAUGGACACUAGAGACUGUCAAGUUUCUUUCACAUUUGGACCGUGCGACUACCACCAAGAAGUCUCUCUCAGAGUUCAUCUGAUGGAGUACAUCACAAAGCAAGGCUUCACUAUCCGAAACACGAGGGUCCACCACAUGAGCGAACGAGCCAAUGAAAAUACAGUUGAGCACAAUUGGACUUUCUGCAGAUUGGCACGGAAGACUGAUGACUGACCGUCCUUCCGUCCUUGUCUUUGGUUUACUCUUCAGAAGUAAAGUAGCAGCUUCUCAGAACAAUGUAUUGGAGACCAGAGCCUGGCUUUGAUUUAAGCAACACUGCAGGCUCUCUUUAUUUUGUUAUGAAUAUUUAUUAUUUGAGUCUUAAGGACUGGAGAAAGGACAUGCUCUGGCCUCUCUCGUCGUUUGUCUUGUAUGAAACAUAUGCAUGUGCCUGCUCAAACUCUCAAGACAUGUUUUUUAAUUGAAGGAUGAAGCAAGAAGACAUCCUUAGAAAAACGUAACUACGUUAGGGGAACCUUUUCUGUGGUGUUUACACAGUACAGUGUAAAGUGCUAAAAUCACCUUUUGGUUCAAACUGUGUUUUAAUCCAUCUGAUGCUGUAACAAAGCACUGGGGACUAAACAGAGGAUCCAGUCCAGCAUGAGCAUCUCCUGCAAAGCCGCAUGGAAAGGAAUGGGAACAGUGCAACAGGUGUAGAAAUUCCCUCUGGUCUGUAGCCAGUAUUGUUAAGAUGCUGCUGGAGAAGAAAAGCUACCAUCAAGUAAUUUAACCUAGUUUUCCUAGAGCAGUAAGCAAGCAGUAUUAUACUUUAGUUACCAACAUACUUCCAAGAGCAACCCCUGCCCUAGUUUUUUUUUCAAAGGUAUGGUAUUUUACAGUUAUGGCAACUGUUUCUUUUCUAUGCAUUAUAAAUCAAGCAACCAAAUAUUAUCUGAAACUCUAAAAAUAAAAUUAGAAGUAUUUAUAUUGGAUUCUGAAUGAAAAAAACAUCCCUGUGGUUGAACUCUUUUAUUUUUUACUGCCUGGUGCAAUAUUAUUCCCAAGUGUAAUGCUUGUCAGCAAGAACCUAAUAAAAACAUCCGAUAUGGAA